UCUAUGUUACAAAACAUAGAGGGUAAAGCGCUGGCUGGAGUGAAGAAGACGUUUCAAUUCCAACUUGUGCCAUUUAAGCAUUUCUCCGUAUUCCUGGAACAUAUCUCUCCAUUUGGGAAAUUUGAGCUGAAACAUUCUCUGGAGAAACGGGACACGGUGGAAGAACCCAUCGCGAAUGAAAUACCCGUUGCUGUGGAGGAGAAGAAAGUUGUUCUUACUAGUGUUGUUGCACCCCCAGUCGAAGUGGCGCCCCCACCAGAACCGGUACCGGUACCAGAGAAAAAAACAGAAGUUGUCCCGUUCGUGAUCGAGCUAGCACCAAAAGUGGAGGUUCCUGCGGUACCCGAACUGGUCAAGGAACCGGUACCCGUGGUACCGAAAGUUCCAGUCAUGUAUACCGACAUUACACAGCUGCCUCUAUACAACUUCGCGUAUCCCAAACCAAUCCCCAUCGAAGUUCCUUAUCCAAUACACAUAGAGGUUCCCGUGAAACCUGAACCGGUUGCUGCGGUUCCUGUCGAACCUGUGGUUCCAGCAGAACCGGUUUCCGUAGAACCAGUUGCAGCACCAGUCGAGCCAGUUCCGGUACCGGUCUUCACUGAACCACCGGUUGCGGAAGUUCCGGUUAAGCCUGAGGUGGUGGAAGUGAAACCAGUCGCUCCACCGCUACCCAACUAUUUGAUCAAAGGUUCCCGUCUCAUCAUAUUUUUUGGCUCCAAGAUCCUGCAAAUGCUGUCGCAGUUCGUCGAUGGCAAGUCAUUUGCUGAGUUCACACUACCUCCCCCACCUCCGUUACCGGCACUAGCGAAGAAGAAAUAA